AUGAGCUUACUGAGCAUAGGCUCAUCCCAUCAAAACAUUCCCUUAAAAACUUUGGCCUUCAUCGAGGCCAGAGUUUACAAUUCAUCAGCUCAGGGCCAAGUUCCUCGACGGUCGUCCUCAUUAGGCCCGAUCCGAGAGGAACUUGGCUCUUCAUUAAAAUCACAAGCUCUGGCCAUUGCUAAGGCCAGAGCUUCGCAAACCAUCCUCGGGGCCGGUUUCCUCAAAAACCGCCCUGAUUCGGGGCGGCCGGAGAGGAAACCAGCCCCGAAAGAGUUCCCAUACGAAGCUCUGGCCAAAGCAAAGGCCAGAGCCUGCAAAUACAAUCCUCAGGGCCGAGUUUUGCGAUGA